AGUCCAUCACCCCAUUCCCCCACUCGAGCCCGAGCCCCAACUCCCCGGUCUGGUGGGUCCCAAUCCCCAUCGCGACUCCGAGGCCACCGAGAGCCGCCGGCGAGCGAGGGGCGACAAGCCGACGAGGGACGGUGAGGUGCCGCGGGCGACGGACGGUCCGGGCGAGGUCAAAGUAAGACGCCGACGGCCUCCAGAUCCGGUCGUUUCCUCUCGUCCGAAGAUUACCUCCUCAGCGCCGGCGACGGUCGGUCGACGAGAAAUUGCCUACGCUUCUCGACCAACAGCUCAAACUAAUAGUGAUCUGAUGGAAACUGACAGAAGCCAGCUUGGUCAAAUCGACCCAAGAAGAGCCCGCUUUCCUUGUUGUAUAGUAUGGACUCCAAUACCCUUCAUCUCAUGGUUGGUGCCCUUUAUCGGCCACAUUGGUAUCUGCAGAGAAGAUGGUGUGAUUUUGGACUUCGCUGGUCCGAAUUUUGUAUCAGUUGACAAUUUUGCCUUUGGAGCUGUUGCACGCUAUAUUCAAGUAAAUGGUGAUGAGUGCUAUAAGCUUCUUGAACCUGAUGGGGAGGCCACUUGGGAUGAUGCGCUGAAGAAAGGCACGCGGGAGUUUCAGGACAGGAACUACAACCUGUUCACCUGCAACUGUCACUCCUUCGUCGCCAACAAUCUGAACCGGCUGUUUUACUCCGGCCAUGACAAAUGGAAUGUGGUCAGCCUAGCUGCUGUAAUGUUUUUACGAGGCCGCUGGGUGAGCACGGCAUCUGUGGUGAAGACUUUCCUGCCGUUCGCAGUUGUGCUCUCCAUCGGUACACUCCUUGGCGGCACGACCUUCCUGAUCGGGCUGCUUGCUUUCGCCGCGGCGAUGACUGGCUGGUUCCUUGUGGGCACCUACUGCAUCAAAAGCCUCAUAGAGUUGUGAUUAUAGAGUAGACAAGACUUGUGUUUGGUGUCCAAUAGUGCGCACUUUUAAUUGUUGGUACUUUCCUGUGCGAUUGAUUCUUGACCGGAUGCAUCUAUGGAGCCGGAUGAAUUGUGUGGCUUGAUGAACCAGUUAUCAGUUACAUUUAGGUGUAUAUGCUCAGAAUGGAAGACUGGUUGUUUGUACG